AAUGGAGAAAAUUUCCUGCGGGUCUGGAACUUAGCUUCUAAGAUCAAUGAUCAGUCAUUGAGCAUCAGUGUGAACAAUAUGAAGAACACUGAAACGAUUGGGGAAAUUACUCCAAUGAAAAGCUAUCCUGGGUAUGUAGUGUGCAUGAGCUUAAAUGCAGAAGUUAUCUCUGUCUGGAACAUAAGAAAAUCUAAGUAUAUUGGACAAGCAGUCCAGUUAGAGCGGGGGCUGGUUGAAAGUACAAGCACUGUACUCGUGAGAGAUAUGAAACUUUACAUCCUUUCAGAUAAGAGCUCAGCUACUUCCACAGAAACACCAAGGCCCAUUUUUCAGACACUUGUAAUGUAUGAUCUGUUGAAAAAAAAGUUCUCGAAGAAAUUGACUGGCCUGUAUAUUAUCCCUUCUCCCAAGCAUGAAUAUAGAAUUUUGCCAGGAGAUCUGCUACUAGGGUUAUCUGAAUACAGAGAUCACCUUGUUAUCUGGAACCUGAAUACUGGAUCAAUAAAGGAACGGAUCAGACCCACAUACAAAGACAAACUUUCCUUAAAUGUCUUCACUUCCUACUUAAAAGACAAUCUCUACAAAGAGCUUCUGGCCCAGAAGAAAAAAGAAAGAGAUACGAAAGGAUCAGGAGCAUUUCUCACUCCCUGGGAAAAGCGCAGUGAGACAAAGACGGCACAUAAAAGGAGGCUGGACAAGGAAGUGAAGCAGGAAAUUGAAAUAUUGCAGCAGUUCUCAAAUGAGAAGUCUAACCCCAUUGAUCAGUACCUGCUAAGUGGGGAUGAGAAGAUAAUUGUCUGCUCUUACUUUGCACAUCAUCUUGCUGUCUUCAGCUUGGAGACAGAAUCUCAUAUUCAGACCAUUGAAGACAGGACAUCCAUGCUGUUCUUGCACAUUGCUGCAUUGACAUACAGUGGCAGCUAUCUAGCGCUGUCAAAUUAUAAUGACAUGGAGAAAGUUAGUUACGUCACUUUGUGGGACUUGCAGACAGGGAAGGUCAAGAAACGUUUAAAAAAUGAACCAAACGUCUGUUGCAUUGCGAUCACGGGCAAUGCUGACCGAAUUGUGUUUGGUGUUAUGGAAGCAAACAGACUGAAAGUGUGGGACCCAUUCAGAAAAGGCCACAAGACAAUCCCAGGAUAUGAAAACCUUCACUUUAGAACAAACAGUACUGUGCAUUUGACAGAUCGCGGAUCAAAAGCAAUCGUUUUGGCAGGUGACGUGAGUAUUUGGGAUCUCGAUAGUGGCACAGUACUGUCCAUUUUUACACCAGACAGCGUUAUUCAGAACAUGACUUUAGCACUUGAAAGCAACCUCAUUCUUCUUGGCAUGAGCAACAACCCUGUCCUCAUUGUCUUAAAGCUGACAUCAAAGAACAAACUUGAAUUAACUUCCACAGGAGGGAAUAUGUUUGGAGAAGAAUCUAGCAGCGAGGAAGAUGACAAUUCUUAUGAAGAUUAUGGUCUUCCUCAAUCAUGAAUACAAAUAUUUUAACCAUUGGUUGGGCUGUAUCAGUUGAAUACAUUGAAUUGAUGGGGUCUGGUGACAUUUUAAGAACACGACUGAACCUUGCAGGGACUUCUACGUGCAGAUAUACUGCAACUUAUGCCACAUGUACAUUUAGUUAGUUUUCACUUAUGCUGCAUCAGAGUAGUUCAACUGAAGUGCAGACACCUUUCAAUUGCUAGGUUAUAAAUUAAGAUCAACCUGUUCAUUUUAUUUGGAAUUUCCAAAUAAAAUCAGAGCUAAUACAUUAGCAGAUUUUCAACAUUAAGUGGAUUAGCACAUCUUCCUGGUUUGUUUAGAAAUCAGCAGUAAACUGGUGGCCCAUUCAGACACUGUACUUUCUCCAUACAGCAGCACCUGGUCUAUGUGAAUAUUUAUUUUUCAAUGU